AUGGUCAAAUCCUUGAAGAAGGCCAUGGCACCAGUGCUGAGUGACGUGACUGUGGAAUGGGUCUUCCCUGAGAUGAUCUCACCUGUCAGCACUAGCUCCCUCUUUCCUGGGGAACGGCUGGUGGGGUACAGCAUUGUAUACGAUGCUUCCCUGUACAUCUCCAAUCCCAGAUCUGAUAAAAGGCGGAGGUGUGGCAUGCUGCAGUCUCAGGAAUCCAGCAGCUCAGUCUUCUACCACUCUCAAGAGGAGGGUCUUGACCCAGACAGUGGAAGCUCUGUCAAGAGCUUAGGGUCACCCUUCAACCCAAGACAGACAAAAGAUGCCCAGUCAUGGAGUGGAGACUCCACCGCCCACCACGGCCUGAACCUCUCCCCAAGACGGAGGGCAUAUAGCACCAACCAGAUCUCCAACCACAAGUCCUGCCCAAGGGCCACCACAGCCAGCGACCCCACUGCAUCUUCCAGGAGAUACCCACUGAGAAAAGCCAAGCUACAGGACCUUGCCAAUCAGAGCAGCCCAGAGGUCCAACGGUGGCAGAUUGACCUACAGCCGUUACUGAACAGUGGCCAGGACCUGAGCCAGGGCCCCAGACUGCAUGGCCCAGGAGCCCGGAGGCCCUCCCUGCUGCCUCAAGGCUGCCGGCCUCUGAUGUUCUCUGGCCAGGAGUUCCAGGCCUGGAGCCCUGUAAGGGAGCAGCUUCCUGGGACCAGCCAGAAGCCUUCAGACUGCCGCAGCACAGGGGACCUGGCCACAGAACCACCCCAUCACCCCUCCACCUUAGAGACCGAGACAUCCUCCGACUGGGAGCCCAUGGCUGAGUCCGAGGAGCAGGCCAGUCCCAGCAGGCCCACCACCCCGGACCCUGUGCUGGGAAAGGCCUUGGUCAAAGGCCUGUGUGACAGCCAACGCGUGCAGUGGGAGGUGAGUUUCCAGCUGGAACCACCCGGGCCAGAGCCGGGCAACACACGCAACACAGACUUGUGGAGCGAGACCUUCCAUCACCUAGCGGCCCGCGCCAUCAUCCGAGACUUCGAGCAGCUGGCGGAGGGGGAGGAUGAAAUCGAGCUAGGAUCUAAUCGCCGAUACCAACUGAACGCUGUGCACACCAGCAAGGCCUGCAAUGUGAUUAGCAAGUACACAGUCUUCGUGCCUGUGGACAUGAACAAAAGACAGUACCUGCCCACAGUGGUGAGGUACCCCAAAUCUGGUAAGAUGGUCAGUUUCCGAAGCCUGGCCCAACAGUGGGAAAGCCCCUCCACUGGUUUCAGACAGUCCCCGGCCAUGCUGAGAGAAGGCUCCUCUGCCGUGGGAGACAGCAAAUUCCAAACUCUAACUCUAGAAGAAAGCUCCACUUAUCCCUUUGAUGAGAUCCGGUUCCCUGGUUUUGAGAAGGAUGCUGUCACUGCAGAAGGUCCCCCACAGAACCUGUCCGCCAGUGCCCUGUCCUCCAUGAAGACCUAUGAGACUCUCUUUGGCUCAAGGUUGAAUCUUAACACAUCCAGGCUGCUGACUCGAGCUGCCAAGGGCUUCCUAAGCAAGUCAGUGACCAAGGCUCCAGAGCCAACCGCAGGCAUCCAGAACUUCGACUAUGUACCGCUGGUGUCUCUGCAGCUGGCCUCCGGAGCCUUCCUGCUGAAUGAGGCCUUCUGUGAGACUAUCCACAUCCCCUUGGAGAAGCUCAAGUGGACCUCACCCUUUAUGUGCCUCCGAAUGUCCCUCGACACCCGCCACAAGUGUAUCAGCCCCUCAUCGCAGCACCUGUCCAGUGACAGCCUGUCCUCAGAGUCAGUGGCUGAAGCCAGGCCAGGCCUGGUGGAGACCACGGGAAAGCUUUGGGCCACUGCAGUGGCGCUGGCCUGGCUGGAGCACAACUCAGCCUCCUACUUCACAGAGUGGGAGUUGGUGGCCGCUAAGGCCAGCUCCUGGCUAGAACAGCAGAAAGUUCCUGAAGGCCGCAAGCCGAGCACACUCAAGGCCACAGCUCGCCAGCUGUUUGUGCUCCUGCGACACUGGGAUGAAAACCUGGAAUUCAAUGUGCUCUGUUACAACCCCAACUAUGUGUAGAGGGGAGGGGGGAAGGGAUAGGUCAUUUCAGCUGGUGAGGGAGCUUUUUGAAACUAUAGCUAAUACAUUGUUGCUAGAAAGAGACCUGGACUGGCAGUCAGCAGGUCUGAGUUCAAUCUCUUUGCUAACACCUGGCAAUUUGAGACCAGACAUUGCCCUUGUCUGGGCCUGAGUUUCCUCAUCUAUAAAAUAGGAAGGUGAGAUAAGGUCAU